AUGAUGUUGUUCUUUGCUAGCCUCUUAGGGCUCUUGUCUCUCAUCAAUGCCCUCGCCAUCAUCCCGCGAGCACACUUCGAUGUCAUCGUUAUCGGCGGCGGUCCAGCUGGCCUAUCGGCUCUGAGCGGUCUCGCAAGAGUGCGCAGAAAGGCUCUUCUCAUUGACUCUGGGGAAUAUAGGAAUGCUCAAACGACACAUAUGCAUGAUGUGAUCGGCUGGGAUGGUAUUCAGCCAGCCUAUUUUCGCUACGAAGCCCGCCGCCUCCUCAAGUACUACAAAACCGUCAAGAUGAUGAACGGAACGGUGACCAACAUAAAACGUCUCCCCGGCACAAACACGCACUUCAUGGUCUCCGUUGAAGAUACCGGCUCAUCGCCCAUGGAAGUCUCAGCGCGCAAAAUAGUCCUCGCAACUGGUCUUGAAGACAUUCUGCCGUCCACGCCCGGGAUCGAGGAAAACUGGGGCAGGGGGAUUUACUCGUGCCCCUGGUGCGAUGGCCACGAGUACGCCGAUCAACCACUUGGUCUUUUAUGUCCGCUCGAUAAAGUCGCGGCCUAUGUUAGAAAAGUCCUCACACUGGAUACCGACAUCGUUGCUUUCGUUAAUGGCACUGAUACCGAGGACAUGAGGAAGCUUGCGGACCAACAAUUGCCUCAGUGGGAGGAGUAUCUAAAGCUUCAUAACGUGACGAUCGAUAAUCGGACCAUUACGUCGCUUGAACGACUUAAACAGGGGGAAGAUAAUGACAAGAGCCCCCAUUUACCGUCGGUGCCUAAAGACGAUCUCUUCAGUGUGCACUUCACAGAGGGCGAGCCCGUGGAGCGCGUUGCCUUUCUGUCGAGGUUCGCUAGUAAACAGAGGUCUGAUAUUGGCGAGAAAGCGGGCGUUUUGUUGACGUUUGGAAAACUGGGAGUGACCAGCGGUGGCAUGCUAACGAAUGUGCCCGGCAUAUAUGCGGUUGGGGAUGCGAAUUCUGAUGGUGCACCUAAUGUGCCGCAUGCGAUGUUUACGGGGAAGAAAGCCGCGGUGGCAGUUCACGUGGCACUUGAGGUCGAGAGACAGGCUGCUGAGCUUGCGGGAAUGGCAGUGUUCUCGGGUAUUGGGCACAAUGCCUGA